UAUGCUGGCAUGAAAGGGUCAGAACAGGAGGGCCUAGCGCCCAGGGCUGGGCAGGGUCCUUGAGCAGGAGUAUCCUGUCUAAUCCAGUGCCCAGCGGGAGAGAGGAGCCAUGUGCUGGCUGAGGGCAUGGAGCCAGAUCCUCCUGCCCGUUUUCCUCUCUGUAGCUCUCAUCCAGCUGAUUAUCAGCUUCUCUGACUAUAAAACUAAAACCCACCAUCACUGGAAGCGGAAAAUCGAAGCAAAAUAUGUUGAAAAGGAAUGUGCUGAAAAGGAAACAUGUCCAUUGUGUACUCAAGAUAAGAGAUGUAUUUGGUGCCGAGAAGAAAAGGUUUGCAAAAAGUUCUGUUUUCCAUAUUCUGACUGUAAAUUCAAUUCUAUAUUUUGGGCAAAUUGUAAAGUUGACCUGUUUGGAAUUGUGAUGCUGAUACUGAUUGUAAUAUUAACAAUAGCAUUCCUCUGGUAUUGUCUCGCCUAUUACUUUUACAUACAGACGGCCAUUUAUGAUCCAAGAGCUGGACAAGUUCCUGGUUACAACUGGAAUGUUCCUGCAUAUUACGAAUAAAGAGCUGACAAGGCAGGUCUUCCAGAGGGAGGAGGAGGAGAAUGUUCUUCAAUGGUUCCCAUUGGGAUUUUAAUGAUGUCUACACACUCUUUGAGAAUGAUUGAACAUCAAAAUUCCUUUAAGUUAAAAACUUUGAAUUCUAUUGAACUUUUUGUAGAGUAUUUUGUUACUUAGACAUUAUAACUUGUCUACUAAUUUAAGAUUGGGUUGAACAAGAUUUUGUCAUUAUUUAAAAAUUUGAAUUUUCUUUUUUGAUUGUUUUUAAAUUUUGAGUAAUCUUCAUCCAAACUAGUUUGCUAAGCUUUGUAUUCUUGCUUUUUGGACAGUGAGUAUUGUAGAUAUUACUUAUUCAUACAUUUGGCACAUCAAUUUCCAUAUGGGUUCAGCUUUGUUGGCUUCCUUUCAUCAUGAUUAUGUCAAGUUAUUAUUUUCCCAUCAUUACAGUGACAAUAAACACUCUAUU